AUGGGUCAUCUCGGGGAAUCUGGCAUUGCAGCCAUAUCUGCCGCAGCGAUUUCGUUUGUGGCUUUAUUUGUGUGUUGCAUUUCCUACUACCGCUUCAGAAAGGAAGAAGCCCGAAACAUCGCGUUGUCCAACGAGGAGACAGAACGUUUCCUGAAAGGACAGCCCGGGAGUUUGAAUUCAGCAAUGGGGCUCAGCGAACAAGCACAUCUUCUCCCCUUUGACGAGCAAUGGGACUUCCCACCAGAGAAGCUGAAACUCGGGAAUCUGAUGAUGAUCGUGGAAUACUGUCCCUUUGGAAGUCUGGAUAAGUAUCUGAGGACCAAUAAAGACUACUUCAGCGAUCAGAUAGACCCUCUAAUAAAUAAAAUCGAGGACAACAUCGGGAAACAGCUGCUUCACAGCGAAUAUUCACAUUCCAAUGAUACUACAAUUGAAGCUCAGAGUGAGGGAACUCAAGGAAGCAAUGAACCGGUUCUGAAGUACGUUGUGGCUGCACCCCUGGUGACUGGCUCUGGUGGGACUAACAAUGGAUUACAGGUGGAUUUAGCUGUCUCUGACACCCGGAUUCCUGCUUCUCCAAACCGGAGGGUGAAUGAUUGGAGAAAAAGUCCGGCUGAGAACUCCCUUCGGAAGUCCUCAGAGGAAAGUGUACUCUCGAGACAAUUCACGACUGGCAAUCUCGUCUCUUGGGCGUACCAGAUAGCUCAAGGCAUGGAAUACUUGGGCUGCCGAAAGCACUACCUGGAUAUGAACAAGCCGUACGAGGAAAGAAACGUCGAGUAUUUUCGUACUAAGACGGACUAUCUGCAGAUGAUGCCAGUGAAACCGGAUGAUGGAUACGUUCGAACCUUGAGAAGCCGGGAUGCAGGCGUGGAAAAAUAUGUCACAGCUUCACAUACAUAUGUGAACUCUGAGAUUUCUCAGCCCAAGGUCCACUACCUCUCGAUGACUUCAACGAAAUUACAAGCUCACCUCCAGGAAACUAUGGAACCACAAAUCCAAGAAGAAAUUCCAAUUGCAAAUUCAAAUAUCAUUGUGGGCCCAAUCAUCAGGAGCGAGCAAUACCGAUCCACUGGAUCUGAGCCAAGGCUCGAAAUACGAUUGACUUCAACUGACGAAGACCACCGACUUGAUCACGAGGAGGGGCUGGUCCACGAAGAAACCCCUCUGGAUAAUUUAGGCACCGAUUUGGAACUGAUUACACCAGAAGUAUCCAGAGUUGGAAAUCAUGAACCAUCCAAGCCGGAUGUGAAACGUUCAAUCCAGAUCCGGCACUUGCACGUUCCUCCAGAAAUCCUCGUCUCCGAUGUUCUCGUCAAUGAACUCCCUCGCGAACCGGUCCUCCUCCUCCUUCGAGAGUCCCUCCCGGAGCAUGGACUGCAAGGACGAGAGGGAUUCUCCCAGAACCGACGGAUCGGACGCGACGGGGAAAGCUCCUGCCACGUUCUUCGAGAAGAGCUCGACGAGGAACAGAUAGCACUUGCUCCUCGUCCUCCCGAGGUAUAUGGAUGGUUCCAUGUACCAGGAGCUCACGCGACUGGACGUGAUCAAGAAGACGACGUGCGCUUCCAGUCCCUUGAAAGCCGCGGCGGUGUCGACGAUGACGUCAUCUUCUCCCGUCUUCGAAUCCGCUGCUCUUCGGCCGCCCAAUUCGGACAGAAGCUUCUCUCCGCCGUACUCGGCGAAGAGUUUCUCGUUCUGGUAGAGAACGGCGACGGUGACGUCUCUGUGGCCGGCGAAGACGUCGCGGAAAAUGUCGCGGAUCUUCUUCGCGACGGAAUCUCCAUCGGGUUGAUCGACGGAGAGCCAUUGCACGUCGGGACCGAGGAACUCGUGUCCCACCUGAAUUUCCAUCGCAUCGUACAACUCUGGGUCCACCGGGAAAUGUCCUGGAUCGUUCUCCCAGAUCGAUUUCAGGAGCGCCUUCCAGUGGCCGUAAAUCGACUUGGGAUUCCUCACGACCGCCUUCAGUUUCGCUCCUCCGCGUAG